CAGACAUUUUUAAACUGACGGUUAUUUUAUUUGAGUCGGUUACAGUUGUUAUAGAAGUUAGUUUAAAAUUUUGUUCUUGAUCAUUACUUUUUACAUACAAAUAAGUUUAAAAUCUUUAUUAGCAUUGCAUAGCAUAGAUUUUGAAUUAUUACCUUUUCAGCUCUUCUUAAUUAUUAUUAACUAUUCAUAAUGAAUAAUACAAAUAAUGUAGCACCAACUAGAUUCAAAGAUAUGGAAUUCCGAGAUAUGGAAAUAAUAAAAGGGAUUAAAUGGGCUGAAACCAUGUAUGAAACACUGGAUGCUGGUCUUAAAAAAUCAUUUCUCAAUUGGGUGGUUGUUGUUCUGACCUUGAGUCAAAAUGAAGUAGAUGUUAAAGAAUGGAAGAAAACAUUCAUUGAUCAGUUUGAGGAGAGGUGUUGUGAAAUGGUCGCAGACAUGCAAGAACUCCAUGAACAAGUGAUUAAUAAUAUUGAAAAGUACCUAAAGAAAACGCAAGUUUUAUGCAAGGAUUUACAAAUGGAAAUGCCUGUAGUAGGUCAUAAAAAACUAGGCCUAUAUCAAGAACAGCUUCUUUUAAAAAAACGCAUUAUUGAGCUUGAAAAAAUCGUAGAUGCGAGACAAGCGGAAUUAAAUGAAUUACAUCAAAAGCAAUUAAAGCUGUGUACAUCCCUUGGAAGGGAACCAAUGUUUUUCAAUGCCAAUUCUUUACCAUCUUCUACUGAAUUGGCUGACAUUCAAGCGUAUAUUGAGAAACUGGAACAAGAAACAUUCGAUCGUGAAGAGAAAUUUUAUUCAGUGAAAGAAAAAAUUAUAGAAAUAGUUACGGAAUUGGAAUAUAUUCCUAGCACUAAAUUUGAAAGUGAUGUCAUUGGUCAGAAUGAGAGUAAAUUCGUUAUCACUGAUAAUAAUAUGAGAGCCUUAGACAAGUUCUACUAUAACAUACAAAAAGAAUUAGAAGACGUCAAGGAAGAAAUAGGCACGUUAAGGAACAAAAUCGAACAGUUGUGGGUGUUGCUAGAUUUAGAAUUUAUCGAAAGAGAGGAUUUUCGUAAAAAAUAUACUGGUAAUUCUAAAAAAACCUUGGAAGCUCUCAGAACCGAGUUACAAAGAUGUGUGCAGUUAAAAAAAGCUAAUAUAAAGGUUUUUAUUGAUAAACUAAGGCAAGAACUGUCGGAGGUGUGGAGUCAAUGUCACUGUUCAGAAUCAGUGAAAAACGAUUUCAGAUUUUUAAAUUCUGAUUGCUAUACAGAAGAUUUACUGGAACUGCAUGAAGUGCAAUUAGAGAAAUGGAGGUCAUACUUUGAGGAAAAUCGGGAAACAUUAAGCUUACUCGAUAAACAUAAAAGUCUGUGGGAUAGGAUGAUAGAACUCGAAAAUGCUGCGAAUGGUCCGGAUCGGUACAAUAAUCGUGGUGGUAAACUUUUGCGUGAAGAAAAAGAGAGGAAUUUGCUGGCAAAACAGAUUCCCAAAAUUGAGGAAAUCCUCAUGGAACAAGCCGAAAGAUAUGAGGCUCGUUAUGGUUCACCGUUUCUCAAUUAUGGAGAGACCAUUCUUGAUUAUAUAAAUAAUUUAUAUGCCAAUAGAGAAAAUGCUAAACAAAUCAGACUUAGCGCGAGAAAGGCCCAGAAGGAGGCCACACCAAUGUCAACCACCAAAUGUACAACAGCUCUGUUUGCUUGUACAAGUAAUAUGGUAUCGAAGAGACAGUUAGAUACUCCUUUGACAGAUGUCAAGAAAAUUAGGUUGACUCCAAGGAAAGUUUUCGCCGAACCAAGGCAAAAAUUAAAGCUUCCGGCUGGUAAAACGACUAACCAUAAUAUCAGUCGUGCAAAACGUUUAUCACAGGAAAGAAAAAAGAGAAUUGACAAAAUACGGAGAGUCAGUAAAAAAUUGGACUACAAGAAGAAUGACACCUAUAUCGAGUUCAAGAAUGAUCUGACUCCACGCUUUGAUCUUCGUAGCACAUUGAAUUUGGUUGACGAGGAACCAUCCACUUCGGCAGCCCAUCCUUUACCAGGACCGUCGGCGAUACGCGUACCAUCCACCACCCGCAAUAUCACGAAAACGCCAACCAAAAUUCAACACAAGUCGCCGAAAAGCUCCACCAAGUCGCCUAAUUUCAAUUCAAAACUUACCGCCGCCAAAAGUCAAACGAAAUUGAUUUUUUAGUAUAGGUACAUAAUAUUUAAUUUUGUGGUAUUUAAUUCAAAUAUGCGAGGUCUGUCUGAAAAGUAUCCGAUUCUGUUUUGCAGAAGAAGAAAAUAUAAAGUUGUUCAACAGUGAAUUAUCCCAUAUAUCAACCACAUGUGUCAUAAAAGACACCACCAGGACCCUAAUAGUUUCCCAGACGUAUAUAGUUGAGUUAUAUGGGUUUAACAUAUUUGUGUCUUGAAAACUAAAAAUUCAGAACUGAGUCUUUUGUAUCAGGACUUCUUUGUAGUUGCUAUUACUUCUUAUUAAUUUGUCGUUGGUAGUAGUAGGGAGCGUUCAAGUAUUACGUAACGCAAUUUUUGGAGAUUUUUAACCCCCCUCCCCCCAUAUAACGCGCCGUAACGUUUUUCUGUACCCCUCCCCCCUCUAGUAAAACGUUACGUAACCACAAAGUGACUAUUUUUACCUAAAAAUCACAAUUAUGUCACUCCAUUUGAAAUUUUGAGAA